AUGGAUUACCACCUACCGCCAGGGAUGCAUGCCAUCCCCCCUCACCUUCUUGACCUCCGCCCAGACUCGGAGGUGGACCAAGACCUUUUGAACCCAAGCCCCGUGACCGACGAGAGAAACGUUUGGUUCUUCUGGCACUCUGGGUUCGAGAACAUGUAUCUGUAUUGCCAACGCAACAUUCGGGCCUGGCACCGAAGACUUUCGCGCGUGGGCUGGGUGGUCCGCGUGCUAGAUAGGAGACCAGGCUCACCUCUCAACGUUGCAAACUUCCUCGAUAUCACAGACCCGGAGACCUUUCCACGAGCUUUCGUCGACGGUACGAUUGGUGGGGAUUACGCACCACAACACACAUCGGAUCUGGUGCGCUUUCCAUUACUUCUUAAAUACGGCGGAGUCUACGCCGAUGUUGGAAUGAUGCAGAUUGGGGAUCUAAAUCGCAUGUGGCACGAGACCGUCGGAAAUCCCAACAGCCCGUACGAGGUCCUUUCGUAUAGCGGUGGCGACCCAGAAGAGAUGAAGUUGACUAACUACCUCCUCUGCUCGAGGCGGGAUAACCCUUUAUUUUUGAGGAGCCACAAGCUGUUCCUUGCUCUCUGGGACGAGGAUGGCGGCAAGACAAGCACUGACGGCAUGCAUGCCAGUCCGCUGCUUAAGGGUGUACCCUUGUUCGAAUAUAGCGGGUCAUUCACAGAGAAUGGACGGACGUAUGGACCCGAGGAGGUUACCGUUAUGUUAACAGAUUACAUCAUCCAGGUGCAGGCUUUGACAAUGGCUAUGGGGAUUGUUGACCCCCAGGAUGGUUGGAAUGGGCCUCAGUAUGUGCAGGAGCACGUGUACGCCGUAGAGUUCAUGGGUGCCCAACUCAUCAAUGAGUUCACAAGGUGGGACGGGACGUUAGCAUACGAUCUUAUGUCGCUGUCUCUGCCAGGAAAGGACGAUGUGGAAAACGAGGGGCAGAAAAAGGCCAGAGAAAUAGUGGAAGGAUGCCUUACGAGGAGCUUCGGGUUCAAACUGGCCACCGGCUUGAUCCUGCGAGUGAGGGGAGACACAUUAAGCUCCCUGUGGAGGAAGAAUGAGGGAUCGGACGACAGGCCUGGGACCUAUGCGCAUUGGUUACGACAUGCUACCAUCCAUUGGACCCAAAAUGAGUUGCCCCCAACGGUAAGUUGGCCGAGAGUAGAACCUUUCAAAGUUGGUCCGCUCCUGGGCGAGAGAUAA